CAUAUUAUUCAUUCAAAUAACUAAAACCUCUUUGUUACAUUAUUAAUAACUCCUAAAAUAAAUAUGGCUAAAAAUGUCGCAACUUUUUUGUGCUUUACCUUAGCAACCCUAGCACUGUCCCAAAUGUGUUGUGCACAAAACUCGCCACAAGACUAUGUUGACGUCCACAAUGUAGCUAGGGCUGCAGUGGGUGUUGGAAAUAUUCAGUGGGAUGAUAAUAUUGCGGCUUAUGCUCAACAAUAUGCCAACCAACGAAUCGGUGAUUGUGUCUUGCAACAUUCUGGCGGAUCCUAUGGAGAGAACAUUGCCGGUGGCGGUAAUGGUGGAUAUGAGUUAAGUGGCACAGAUGCAGUUAACAUGUGGGUGAAUGAGGGGGUUAACUAUGAUCAUGGUUCCAAUACUUGUAGUCCUGGACAAGUAUGCGGACAUUAUACUCAAGUGGUUUGGCGUGACUCGGUUCGUCUUGGUUGUGCUAGAGUUAUAUGUAACAGUAGCGGGAUUUUCGUCAUUUGCAACUAUGAUCCACCAGGCAACAUCAUAGGCUCCAGCCCUUACUAAACUUUAUAAUAAAUCUUAUCAAAUACUCUAAGUAUGUAAUUCAGCUCACUAAAGCUUUGGUGAUACUGAAUUAGUUAUAUUGAAUAAUCUUCUAUUCCUAUUAAUACUUCAUGUAACGCUUUUGAAAAGAAACAGUUGAAUAAAACAAGUACUAUUGUACUAUUCGAUAUAA